AAUUUAAGACCAAACACUGUUGAAAUCUACAUUACAUAUUUGUCUAUUCGAGGUUGUAUAUUUGUGCUUUGUGUUGUCGUCAUGCUGGCGUCAGGGAUUUCGACUGUCAUCUACUUGUGGAAGCACAUGAAGAGAAUGGAGAAAAACAGCACAUUUUUUUCUGUUCUUCGUAACAAGCAGCAGAUGAGAUUGACAAUCAUCGGCAUCAUUCAGACGGUUCUCUUCUCGAUUGGUUUACUGUGGCUUAUGGGAGAAGAGCUCCUUGUGGACUUUGGUGUUUUUUUGGAUGGAGGACGUUUGCUUCGCUCUGUUAUGGCACUGUACUCUUUCGGUGUUAACAUACUUUUAAAUGCAUCUCCAUGGAUUUACGACAUUUCAGGAUCUGCUAUAUUUUUUGCCAUGUGGACUGGUUUUACUACCUCACUUUGGCUGAAUGUUUGUUACUUCUUCCAGAUCGUUCCUGUCCAGUGGCCAUUUUUGGUCUGGAUGAAGCAGCACAUCAGACUUAUUGUGUACUCGGCAUUAUCUGCAGAUAGACUCUUCUUUCUGUCUGAAUUCCUUUUUCGUGUCAUCUUGGAAAUGACUGAAAUUCCUGCAACAAGAUUUAAUUUAACCAGCGGUCGUGAGAACAUCACCAGUAAAUCAAAUUUAAGACCAAACACUGUUGAAAUCUACAUUACAUAUUUGUCUAUUCGAGGUUGUAUAUUUGUGCUUUGUGUUGUCGUCAUGCUGGCGUCAGGGAUUUCGACUGUCAUCUACUUGUGGAAGCACAUGAAGAGAAUGGAGAAAAACAGCACAUUUUUUUCUGUUCUUCGUAACAAGCAGCAGAUGAGAUUGACAAUCAUCGGCAUCAUUCAGACGGUUCUCUUCUCGAUUGGUUUACUGUGGCUUAUGGGAGGAGAGCUUCUUGUACAUUUUGGUGUUUUUUUAGAUGGAGGACGUUUGCUUCGCUCUGUUAUGGCACUGUACUCUCUCGGUGUUAACAUACUUUUAAUGGUUGGUCAGUCAAAAUACCGCCUGAUGGCUAACGAUAUCUGCAAAAAAAUACAAAGACUGAACUUUCCGUUUCCUUAAUUUCAUUUAGGUCGUCACUUCACAGCAGAUUCGUCUAUAGGCUUGAAAAAGGGAAAGAAUGCAAUGUUGGGGUGGCACUCAACUAAAAAUGCUCUGAAAUCUGAAUGUGUUCAAACAUCAAAUGUACUUCAUGUAGUAAUUUAGUGACUUCUGUCACCGUCACAGAAUAUACAUAACAUAGCUGAAAUUAAAAUCAUGUUAUGUCAACAGCUGUUAAUAAUAG